GCGAUUUCACAAAUUAUGGUAACAUUGAUUCACCCACCGGUUUUUUAUAAACAUGUCGGAUAGUGGUUGUGCGUGAAUUUGUGAAAACAUUUUAGCUUUGUAGAUUUGAUUUAAACAUAAAUCUACGCUUUUAUUUUAUAGCUAGCAAUAUUUUGUUUGUGAGUGUAUUAAAAUACAAAUGGACGAAAUGUGGUAAUAGUGUGAACUUUUGAAGCUUCGAUUAUAUUUCAUAAAAAAGGAAUUAAAGCAACUUUGAAGCAGUUAAAGUGUGGAACAACUAACACGGAGUUUAUACAUUAACAUUGAAAGGGAACUUAUAAUUCGGGAUUUAAUCCUCUUUAACCUGUUUUGGGAUACAUUUAUUUGAAUUGGGUCAUUGGUGCGAAAAAAAUAUAGUAAAAUAUCGGAUAACGCCAGCCCACAAGAUGGCCGACUGUUAUUCGUAAGAUAAUGUCUGGUGCAUCUGGUUCAUCAGGAAGUGGUACAGGUCGUGGCAGAGGAAGUGCAGUGUCAGAGAAACCAGAAUCAAAGGAAAAUAAACCCAACCCAAAGAUGUCCAAGGCACUAGGUACAUCAGCAAAAAGGAUUCAAAAGGAACUGGCUGAAAUUACAUUAGAUCCUCCGCCAAAUUGCAGUGCGGGGCCAAAAGGUGACAACUUAUAUGAAUGGGUAUCUACUAUCCUGGGACCACCUGGAUCAGUAUAUGAGGGUGGAGUGUUCUUCCUGGAUAUUCAUUUCUCACCGGAAUAUCCCUUCAAACCACCUAAGGUGACAUUCCGAACAAGGAUAUACCACUGUAAUAUAAACAGCCAGGGUGUGAUAUGUCUGGAUAUCCUGAAAGACAAUUGGUCUCCAGCCCUCACCAUAUCUAAAGUACUGCUCUCCAUUUGUUCAUUACUCACUGAUUGUAAUCCAGCGGACCCACUGGUAGGCAGCAUCGCUACACAAUAUCUGCAGAAUAGAGAGGAACAUGAUCGCAUUGCCCGCCUCUGGACCAAACGUUAUGCAACAUGAUUCCUCUGCCCCCUCUACAAAAAGCUAAUUCAACUGAACAAUGUCAUACUCAAUAUUUUCAGUCCAUCCCCAAUGCAAACAUUAGUGUCUCGAUAGAUUUGUUCUCAUUAUUAUCAAUUGUGUCAUAAUUUAAUUUUUUUACAUGUUUUAUGUUGAACACAUGUGUCGAGACAAUAAUUUGGCUUAUUUAGUUGCAAUUGAUGUAAAAAUGCUUGGGAAAUGUCCAUUUGUAUAACAUAAGUGAUUAACUGUUUGUGUUUAAAUUAAUUUUUGCCGCAAUAGUGAUGAUCUCAACCUCUUGGUUCGACAAUCCUGAUGUUGAAGCUAUUUCCAUGAAACUGAUUACAAAAGAAGGUAUGGUGUAAGUGUUUCAAAUUUUGACAAUUGUUAGUGGAACAAUUAUUAGUCUCGUACAAAUUUGGGUCAAAAGACAUUUCUGUUUCUUCUACUAAAAGUUUUGGGAGUAACGCUAUCAUACUAUUCAAGGUAGGUACAUAAGUAGCAAAAAAAAUUUACUGUAAAAUCAUACUGAAGCUCAUAAUUGUGACUAAUUGUAUUUUAUCCUAUAUAACAUUAAGGGUUUAAUUUCUUGUGAUUAGUAUUAUAUGUAUGUGAUUAUAAAUGGUAGUUUUAAAAGUCAAUGUCCAAGAAUUCAGCUUCCGAAAUAUAGUUUUUAUGCUUUGAAUGCACAAUUUUAAUUUAAUGGGGAUGAGCCAUAAAAUGAAUAUUUUCAGUGCUUUCAAAGAAUGUAAAAAUAAUAAAGACAGCUGACUUACAUUAGAAAUUUUUUGAUAAAUUUUACAUUUCAAUGCAAUAAUGCAUUUAAUGUAGCUUCAUUUGAUUUAUUAAGGCCUUUAUCUUUUGGGUAGACUUAAAGUACAAUAAAUCUACUGUAUUGCCAAGUGAAAGCACUAUUUGUUCUUACCUUUCCUAGAGUAAUUCUGUCCAGUCUUUUUAAAUUUGGCUCAAAGUCUAGUCUAUACCUGGAUCACUCAUUAGGUAAUGAUAUAAACAUAAGAUUUUUUGUAGAAAACAUUUUUUCAAAUCUGAAAAUAGUUCAAUUAUUUUUGCAUCAAACAUUCUUGAAUCACAUUUAUUUAUAUUAACCUUUGAGUUAAUUUUUAUUUUUGUAUAAAACAAAUUGUUGUCAAAAUAAACAUAUCAGGAUUGUCUGUUUGUGCCAAAUUCGCGCACGCUUGAUCACUUUGAAUAUUCCGUUUAGAAUGUAAACAGUUGUAGACGUAAGUUAUUUUAUUGUUUAGGUAAUGUAUAAUGUCUUAACCCUAGUUUAAAUAGUAACCUAGUGUUAGUGUGUCGCGAACGUGAUACUGUGUUUGGUCAUCGAAGGUAGAAACUGGUGCUGUGAGUAUCAAAAUGGCGACAUACGAGGUGACAAACGCCGCGCGUCUGGCCUCACCCGGUCGGAUGAGCAAAUGGCGCUUUACCGUGUUUGACUGGACUGUUGUCAAUGUGAUUUUAUUUUUACUGUGACGUAAUGUGUUGCUUGCAAAACAGCUAUCGACGCGACUGAUGUUCCUUGAAACUCGAUGUUCAUAAACUUAUAAUCAUCUUUUGUUAAAAUUUAUAUCAUGGUAUAAAAUAGGAAAAUAAAAUGUGUGUAACUAGAACACUUAA